GUUACCUUGUUUCCCUUCUAAUGGAGAAGCUAGGAGAAGUGCCUUAAAAAACAAAACUUUAUUCAUAAAAAAAAACAUUUAUUUAAAAGUUAAACGAGCACUGGAUGUUAAUCUACACAGAUUUCUGAAAAGCGUUUUUUGGAGAGCUAAAAUCUGCCACUGAAAGAAGAUAAGGGGUAGAGGAAGGCGUCCUUGCGGAAGACCUUGACUAUUUCAGGCCUUUCAGUGCUGGUAGCCUGCAGCACUCGCUGUUUCUUCAACAGGAUUUGGCCCAGUGCACUCAUUUGUCUAUAGAGCAAGAGAUCAAGCCUCGCAUCAAGUUCCACAGGCCGUGACUCAGACCCUGGAACGCUGGGGCUGUUUGAAAAUAAAGAAGGGACAAAAAGCAUCUGUUGGAAAUGUUCACUGUGAUGCAGAUCCAAACCCUCCUCUUCCUCCUCCUCCUCUUUUUCCUCGGCCUGAGCCACAGCGAACGCACAGUGGCAGAGGAGCUGGGGAGCCAUCAGCUGCAGCGGCUGGUGGAUCUGCUGACGGUGCACGAGUGUGAGGAGCUCUUCCUGGCCCUAACCAAUCCCGAGGAGAAGGUUUUUAAACAGCUGGAGCGCCUGUCUUCAGAGAAGAACCCGCUGAGACCACACCCCCGCACACCACGAGACAUAGAUAAGGAAACCCACUGCCAUCCAGCUCUAACAGACUGGCUCCGGAUUCAUGGAGAGCAGACGUAUUACGACAGACUGUCUCUUGCUCUGCAACAGAUCGGAAGGACUGACAUUGCCAUAGAGGUGGGUAAGAAUCUUAACCAGGACAAGACGCUGGGGCUGCAGCGCUAUGUGGAGGAAUACCAUGAGCAGGUCAAUAAAAUGACAUCACAGUUCAUCCUGCCCCAAUCAGAGGCGGACCAUCAUGAAGAAACACCAGAUGUUUCUGCAAGACAAGUGAGGAGCUUGUCUUGGAAAGAUUUGGACUUGGUUGUGGAGAGGCAGCUAGUGCCACCCUAUCGGCGUCAGUUUCUGGACGGGGCGUGGCCUCUUCUCUACGGCCUUAUCUUUGGAUUCGUUGCAGCUUUAGGGGUUGGUUUGCCUGUAAUGCUCUUUACCAUGCGGAUAUGCCUUGGGUCCCAAACCAAAACCCAGCAUUAGGGACACCAUACACACCAUCACUCCUUUGAGAUUUUGAUGACUUGUUAGACUUGUUUGUUUUAAGCUAAACAACUGUGAUUUUUUCAGACUAGGUUUAAUAUUAAACAAUGAUCUGCCUUAA